AUGGUGUUUUCGAAGCUCAAAGGGUCGAAGCCCAACCAAGAGGCGACUGCCCAUGCCCAGGAGGAGGCUCCUAAGUUUGAGCAUGUUACCUGGUACCAGGACCCCGGUCUGCGGAAGCUUUAUUGGCAUGCCUUUAUUCUUUGCAUUGGCUCAGCCAGUACUGGUUACGAUGGCAUGUUCUUCAACUCGGUGCAAAACUUUGACUCGUGGAAGGAUUAUUUCGAUCACCCCGCCAAUCACCUUUUGGGUCUUCUCGCUGCGCUCUACCAGAUUGGCAGUCUGGGCUCGAUUCCCAUUGUUCCCUACUUCACCGACCAUUUUGGUCGACGACUCCCCAUCGUCAUCGGCGGUGUGAUCACUAUUGCCGGUGCUUUGCUUCAGGGUUGUUGCCAGAACAUGGGCGGUUAG